AUGGUUGAUGGAUAUUAUGGCCUCGAGCAUAUUUGGGAAGAGAAAUGGCCUGGAUGCAUGCAGGAAAAAUUGUUUGUGGCUAGUUAUAAGGUAGUAAGGAUGUUUGAUUUGGGAAGGGUAGGCGAGGGGGGGGGGAGUAUGGGAAAGAUGGGACGGAUUGGGAAGAGAGAUUUGAUGGGUUUAGAGAUGUUGGAGGAAAUGUUGUUGCAUUAUGGGCUUUUGGUUAAGUCUGAGGUUAGAGCGAGACUAGGACUCCCCUCCCCAUAA